GCUCCAUCAACUUUUUUUGUUUUGCGAAGCCAAGCCAUCCCGCCAUUGAACAACAUCAACAACACCAUCAAUCACCAUAUCCUAACGAUACAAUGCGCCCUCUCACAGAAAAGGAGACCCAGACUCUUUUUGAGAAACUGGCAAACUACACUGGUGGCUCCCUCAAGAACCUGAUCGCACCCCUCGACGACUCCCCCAACCCUGAUCGCUAUGUCUUCCGCCUAGUUCGCGAUCGUGUCUUUUACGUUCGUCUCUCAAUCGCCAACCUGGCGACCUCUAUUGCGCGUGAUAAGCUUCUCUCUCUAGGAACUUGUCUCGGCAAGUUCACCAAGUCUGGCAAGUUUCGCCUGCACAUCACAGCCCUUCCCAUCAUCGCCGAGCACGCCCGCUACAAGAUUUGGGUCAAGGAAAACGGAACUAUGCCCUUCCUAUACGGCAGCAACAUCGUCAAGGCGCAUGUCGGUCGCUGGUCAGAGGACUGCCCCGAACACCAGGGAGUUGUUGUCUACAGCAUGAACGACACACCGCUCGGAUUUGGUGUCACUGCCCGCAGCACUGCUGAGGCCCGAAGAUUGGAUCCUACCGGUGUCACUUGUUUCAGACAGGCCGACUGUGGAGAGUACCUCCGUGACGAAGACAACUUGUUUGCGACGGGUUAGAGGGCAGUAUGGUUUGCUUCGUCUGGCGUUGGGGCUAUUUUAAUCAUUCAUUCUUUGGCGUUGAGAGUGAGGGGAAAAGAAACUUAUGGCCAAGUCAAUCAUGCUUGGGUUAUUUUGUAGAUUGGUAGAUAUCAUCGUCGUCAUCAAAGCGCUGUAUAUGUUGAAAUGUAUUCGCUUGCCCCAUUUUGCCCACUUUGCCCAUUUUGCCCAUUCUCGAAGCCCUUUCUUUGUCUUCCUAUUCCAUUACUGCACCAUUUAUCUCUCGAGCUGGACUCACUGGCCUGCUGUCU